AUGUCAUUUUGUUUAGAUAUUUAAUAAUCUGAUACCAUCAUAAAAGAAAGUUCGAUUAGAGAGUAAAAGCAAGGAUUAUUCCCAAAUUAAUUGUGCACAUUUAAAGCAGAAGAUUAUCUAAUUUUAAAUAAUGUUAUGGAAUCAAUCUUUUAAAUAAUAUUUAAAGAACUUGGAUACUAAGAAAAUCUAAGAAAAAUAAUAAUUGACAAAAACUUUGCUUAAUUAUACUUUAUUUAAAAUGAAGAUUCUAAAAGAUUAGAGAUAGAUUUUCACCUUCUUGCUAUUGAUUUAGCUUUAGAAUAACAGGAAGUUGUUCAAAUAAACGCAUAUUUUGAUUGUGUUGAGAAAAUAUCAAAAAUUUAAAUGAAAGAAAUUUCGAUUGCAUCAAAUAUAUUUUGGAAAAAAGGAAUAUCAGAUUCGAUUGAAUUAAUAAAAUUUAUAGAUAAUAACCUAAAUAAAAUUCAAUCAAAUGGGUUAUAGUAUUUAAAAAUUUUUAAGGAAGAACUUUUAAGAGAAGAGGUUAUUGUGAUUCAUGAAUCAAUUUGCCAGCCUCUUAUGGCAGUGCCCUCUUUAAGGAAUGAAUAGACAACUUGCUGUUCUAUUUGUUCAUUAUAAUGA